AUGGCCAGUAAGGGUGAAAGUAAUCAAAAAAUAAAUCCAGAGAAAGUUCCUUUAGAAACUGAUCAAGGUAUUAUAGAAAGUGAAGAACGAAAAUGGGGACUGCCACUAAGAGAAGUUUACAAACAUGGACUCUCUUUUUAUAAAGAUAAAGAAGGGAAGGCAGUUCAUCUAAGUUAUGAAGAUCGAUUAAAACUAGUUGCCUAUACACAACAAGCAGCUCAUGGUCCUUUGGAUGUUAACUCAGCACCUCCACUUGGAGUUCUAGAUGUAAUUGGUAGAGAUAGGAGAGCAGCUUGGCAAGCUCUUGGCCAAAUGUCACAAGUUCAAGCUAUGGCAGGAUUUAUCCAUGCAUUGGACAGGUUGUGUCCCUUGUUAAAGCCAUACUUAGAAGCAAUUCAAAAGGAUUUUGAAGACAAAAAACAACAAGAGUUGUUAAAAGCAGAAGAAACAAGAGCUCACAUGGAAUUACAAAAUAGAAUAAUUUUAGAGAAACAAAAGCAACAAAGUGUCAAAUUGACUGAAGAACAACAAGUGCAAAGAAUAAAAGAUGCACUUAAUGCACAAACCUAUGAUCAAUUUCUUCAAUAUGCACAACAACAGUUCCCAGGCAACUAUGACCAACAGGCCAUUUUAAUUAGACAAUUGCAAGAUCAACAUUAUCAACAAUAUAUUCAACAGUUGGCCGUUGAUCAAAGACUUGCAAAUUCCAACCUCAACUAUAAAGAAUCUGACAAUGAGAACGAAAAUGAAAAUGAAGACUGUAUAAAGGAUUGUAAUUUAAAUGAUAGUGAUGGGGGCACAGAUAAUAAGUCAAUGCAGACAUCAGAAAAGAAUGAACUAAUCAAAUACAUUGAAGAAUCACGAGAAGAAGAUGAGUCGGAUGACGGUCUCCCAGCCGUGGAAGAGGCUCGGAUGUGGACGCGGAAUGAUAUAGCUCAGUUCAAGGACUCUGCAAAAGCUGGCGGGGGGUGCCUCACCGUGGGCCACGGGGAAACGGUCACCAUCAGGGUUCCCACUCACCAUCGAGCCAGGUGCCUUUGCUGGGAGUUCGCUACAGAUAGUUAUGAUAUAGGGUUUGGUUUAUUCUUCGAAUGGAGCAAGUCACCUACAGCAGAAGUGACAGUGCACGUCUCGGAGAGCGAUGACGAUGAAGACGUAGAUGAUGAUGAGGAUUACACAGUACUAGAGAGCAGCGACCCGGAGCUGGGCGCGGAGCGGCGCGCGCUGAGCCAGCGCCCGCUCGUCAACCUUGUCAUACCCAUAUACAGGCGGGACUGCCACACCGAGGUAUAUGCUGGUUCCCAUACAUACCCCGGUGAAGGAGUGUACUUAUUAAAAUUCGAUAACACAUACAGUCUGUGGCGCUCUAAGUCGCUAUAUUACAAAGUUUACUAUACCCAGUAUUAUACUAGCCAAGUUGAUGCUCAUAAGAAAAAUGGACACAUUGAAGCGCUUAAAGAUAAUCCCGAGAUAGCGAGUUCUAAAAAGAUAAAUGUUAAAUUAAAGCCAACAGAAUUAAAAAGACUUUUUUCAUUAGCAGAACCCGAAAAAUGGACUCUAGCGGGUGCAAUUGGAUUUUUAAUAAUAUCAUCUAGUGUGACAAUGGCAGUGCCUUUUUCAUUAGGCAUGGUCUUGGAUAUUAUAUACAGUGGAACUAGUGACUUAGUGGCUGCAAGGGAGAAGUUAGACCAAUUGUGUAUGGUGUUGUGUGGAGUAUUCCUUGUUGGAGGCCUAUGCAAUUUUGGCAGAGUGUACUUGAUGUCAAUAUCUGGCCAAAGAAUGACUCAAGCUCUUCGAAAGCAAGUAUUUUCGUCAAUCAUGCGUCAAGAACCAGCAUGGUUUAGUAGAACUUCAACUGGUGAACUUGUCAACAGACUGUCUGCUGAUACACAAUUAGUGGGAAGGAAUCUGAGUUCAAAUGUUAGUGAUGGACUGCGGUCAUUGUUCAUGGUGGGAGCGGGUACUGGUAUGAUGUUCUAUAUGUCACCAUCACUGGCUAUGAUAGGUUUGUGUGUGGUACCACCAGUAUCUAUGCUUGCAGUUGUUUAUGGUCGUUUCGUGCGGGGCAUCACUAGACAAUUACAAGACGCUUUAGCUGAAACUAGUGAGUUAGCUGAGGAGAAGAUUUCAAAUAUAAAAACGGUAAAGGCAUUUAGCAAGGAAGAAAAAGAGUGUCAGGCGUAUGGACAAAGAAUUGAAAAAUUACUACAAUUGGCUUACAAAGAAUCAUUAGCUGUAGGAAGUUUUUAUGGCUUAACGGGUUUAGCUGGCAACACAAUAAUAAUUUUAGUUUUAUACUAUGGUGGAGGUAUGGUAGCCACUGAACAGUUGACAGUUGGGAAUCUUACUUCGUUUCUGUUAUAUGCGGCAUAUGUGGGUAUAAGCAUCGGGGGACUGAGUAGUUUUUAUACAGAAUUGAAUAAAGGCAUGGGAGCUGCUACGAGGCUAUGGCAAAUUAUUGAUAGGGAACCCAAAAUACCAAUUUCAGGCGGUUUACGACCAAAAGAGCGUCCGAAGGGAGAAAUAAUAUUAGAAAAUAUAAAAUUCUCGUACAUCGGGGAACCUUUAAUAAAAGGUUUGAACUUGCAUUUAAAGCCUGGAAAGAGUAUAGCUUUAGUUGGACGAUCAGGUUGUGGCAAGAGUACGAUAGCAUCGCUCAUUCUGAGAUUGUAUGAUCCGGAGGAAGGAAGAGUUCUCCUGGACGGAGUAGAUGUGAGGCAGCUAGAUCCCACGUGGUUGAGGAGUCAUAUUGGUUAUGUCAGUCAGGAACCUGUUUUAUUUAGUGGAUCUAUAAAAGAUAAUAUUUUAUAUGGUGCUAAUGAUGAUUAUGAUUCCUCGCAAGAUGAAGAGGAGGCGGCGUGGGCGGCGGCGGCGCGCGCGGCGCAGCUGGCGGAGCUGGGCGCGCGCGGCGGCUGGGCGCGCGGCGUGGGCGCGCGCGGCGGCCAGCUCAGCGGCGGGCAGAAGCAGCGCGUGGCCAUCGCGCGCGCCAUACUCAAGAAUCCAAAAAUCCUCAUACUGGACGAAGCUACAUCAGCAUUAGAUACAUAUUCGGAAUUCCUAGUGGAUAAAGCUCUAAAGGAGAUCAGUAGGGAUCGCACAGUGUUGACUAUAGCACAUAGAUUGAGUACAAUCCAAUCAGCUGAUGAAGUAGCGGUUAUAGGGGACGGGGCUAUCAUAGAGAAAGGGACAUACAACGAGCUCAUGGCGAAACCAGGUGGUUAUUUCAAAGAGCUUAUAGCGCACCAAAUGUUCACCAGUUCGAAGCCGAAAAAUGCAACUGACGUUCAAACCAGC